UUUAAAUACUCAUACCGGCAGUAGAUACGUGACGCUAUUCUCGGUCAGCUCCGCUAGAAACACGGCAACUCACCAGGUACUAUAUAUAUUCCUGACUUCCAAUGGACCUCAUUCCCGCCAUCAGACAGUCAUUGUCUGUAUGCAGACCAUCCCUCCGAGCUCCGACCCAUCAUCCCAUAUACGUCGUCCCACGCCUACUAGCCCAACACCAACACCACCAACAAGCACGUCGCAACAUUUCCACGACCUCAGAUACGUCACGGAACGUACAUUCAAGCAAUGGCGGCCCUGCUGAAACGACAACAAGCGGCGGUAGCCACCGGCCCAAAAGACGUAUGGUCCUCACCCAAAAACAGCGGGACUUCCUCGACAGCGCCCUCAGAGUAAACCAAGCUGGUGAACUGGCUGCGACCCUCAUCUACGCCGCCCAAACACCCCCAGUCACCCGCUCCCACCCCCAUCUCCGCCCUCUAAUGAAACACAUGUAUGACCAGGAAGCUGGCCAUUUCACCACCUUCAACGACCUCGUCGCCAAACACCGUGUGCGCCCUACAGCGAUGUAUCCUAUCUGGGAAGUCGCCGCGACAACACUGGGCUGGGCGACGGGAAUAAUGGGCCGGGAAGCAGCAAUGGCAUGUACAGAAGCCGUUGAGACAGAAAUCGGCACGCAUUAUAAUGACCAGGUGCGGGAAAUUCUGGGAUGGUUUGAAGAUGCGCGGGAACGCGGGGAAGAGCCGGAUGAGGAAUUGGUGGAGCUUGUGGACACGCUGAGACGGAUCCGGGAUGAAGAGUUGGAGCAUUUAGAUCAUGCUGUGGAGAACGAUGCGAAGGACGCCAGGCCGUAUGAUCCGCUUGUUAAUGUUAUUCGGUUGGGCUGUAGGGCUGCGAUUCAAAUUAGCCAGCGGGUCUGAGAAGUUGACAUCUGUAUGGACGUGUCGGUUUGGGAUAUAAACUCAUGUCCGAGUUCUAUCCUUUCAUCGUACCCUUGCAUCCUAGGAGACUAUAUGCCGGCAUCUCGACGCCAGCGAUUCCCUUUUUCGACUUCGUGGUCGACCACGGAAAUUACCAAGCCGUUUUUGGCUAUCAAUCUGCAAAGUAUGCAUCUGGGAUCCAGGUACAUUUCAACGAAUUUCCACACAUCAGGACAACUUACCGCAGACCAGCCGACCCUCGCCCGCCGCAGUGAUUGCGAGAACCACCGGGAUGACGGCGUGCUACAUACCCUCUAACUAUUCUCGACACUCCACAUGACACGGCGCUUAUAUUAUUUCCUGUAACAUAUUAUUUUUCUCUUGUAUCAUAUAAUCUAACGAAACCCAUUAUAUCCCUUCUAUUCCGUUGCGUGUUGCAAGGGUAUUUUUGCACAUCCUUCUUUCCUUAGCUCCGUUCAACAUGUAUUGAUUAUAUGUGUUUAGAAUCUACAAGUCCCUAUACUGAAUAAAUAGAUCACAUGAGCCGCAUUUGGUUACUGCCGUAUCUCAUUCAGCCGUUGCUAUCUAGUGGGCAAGGGGUGUCCGGUCAACCCAGAUGGGUAAACAUAAUUAUAGUCGGUAAAUAAACAUGAAGUUGCAAUCAGCGCAAUAGGGAAAGAAGGAGAAAAAAAAAAAAAAAAAAAAAAAAAAAAAAAAAAAAAAAAACACCAACUACGGAAAAAUAAACGCCGAAACGAACUCCAUAACCCGCCGUGGGACUAAUCAUAGCAAUGCAGUACCCCAGUUGUAGCUGAUCAAGCACCUGUCUCGAUACUUCUCGCCUGACCAUCAAAACCAAAGGUACCAACCCAACCUCACCCCAGAGUGAAAUAGAAACCCCCUGCCCCCAUCAAUCAAUUCUCCACCUCUCCCUGCCUCUCAAGAAACUUCAUAAAACCCCCCGAAAGCCUCACAAGCUGCCUGUAAACAACCUCAAACCCUUCUUUACCGCCAUAAUACGGAUCCCCCACCUCCUCCCCGCCACCCACUUUCUCCACAACACUCCCAUCCGGCAGAAAGUCACCCAUAAGCCUUACCUGCGCAACGUGCCCAUCCCCAUCCCCAUCCCCAUCUCCCUUACCUCCCUUGCCACCUUUACCCCUACCCACAGCCCUGCCCCUCUCAUGCAUCAAGUCGUCCAAAUUGUCCCCGUCCAUCGCCAAUAUGUAAUCGAACGCGAAGAAAUCGUCCCGGCGGAUCUUGCGCGCGGCAUGCGUGUAGCUAGUGAUACCGUGGUCGCGGAGGGUGGACAUGGUGCGCGGAUCGGGCUGGGAGUUGACGUGGUAUGCGCCCGUGCCGGCGGAGUCGAUUGUGGAGAAUUUCGGCGCGGAGGGGGCUGUUGCUGCUGCGGUGGAGGUUAUUUGGUGGCGAAAGAUGGCUUCGGCCAUGGGGGAGCGGCCUAGCUCAAGUGGAGGGGGGGGAUGUUAGUAUUAAUAGGAAAGCAAGCGGGGAAAAGCCUUUGGGGGAAUGGGGAGGGGGGCGUACAGAUGUUUCCGAGACAAACGAAGAGGACGGAUACCGGCUUUGAACCAGCGGGAUUGGAGGAGGUGGUGGAGGGGUUAUCCGGGGCCAUUGUUGGAAAUGGCUAACUACCAGAUGUCUAACUUUCUUGUGUAGGUAGGUAGUACAGUACUGCGUGAGUUACUUUUGUGCUUUAGAACGCGGUGUCUGAGGCUGUGUUGAGUAUGGUUGUUGCUGGCGGGGGUUUGACUGUGGUGGGUGGGGGGAGAUAUAUACAUGACGGAAAAAAUUGUGCAGCUUGUUCUCGAUAUCUUACCUUAUCAGAUAAAAUCAUCAGGAAACAUUGUGCGACGUUCAACACAAUGAGAAUGAGUGAGAGGAGGGUAUUCAAAGAAAGGAAAUAGCAAUAAUUCCAAAUAUCCAAUUUUAAACUGUGUUGUUAAAAAUGUUAAAAGGGUCAGGUAAUGGACACGAACGCAUUUCUGUGCUAGAGGGAGGGACCACACAUCUGAAUCUACAUGUUAUCAAUCUCAGCUGUAUGUACUUUGUAUGCUGGAGAGUCAUUCAGGUCUCUGUCCUGAUAUACUAGCAUAAUCAAGUGCAGAGAAAAUAAACAGAAUAGACAAUCAGAGACUGAUACUGAAAGAUAGAACAGAGGUAAGCAGAGUCUUUAAUUUAGUAUU